AUGUCCACGCCGCUCACCUUCGAAGGGAGCAACUGCUUUCGGCAGCGAAUCGUCCUCGCCACGCUGACCGGCCGUCGCAUCGUCAUCUCCCGCUUCCGCGACAAGGUGGGCGCCCAGUACGGCAUCGCCGACUACGAGGUGGACCUGCUGCGGCUGCUGAACAAAGUGACCAACGGCGCCGCCUUCACCAUCGACCAGAAGGGCACCCGCGUCAGCUACCGACCGGGCCUCCUGUCCGGCGGCGAGGUGAAGCACAACUGCAGCCUGAAGCGGGCCAUCGGCUACUACCUGGAGACCCUCCUCCCGCUGGCGCCCUUCUGCAAGACGCCCCUCGUGGCGAACCUCCACGGCGUGACAAACGAUUCGGUCGACCCCUCCGUGGACGCCCUUCGCCUCUCGGCCCUCUCCGUUCUGCGCCACACCCUCGGCGGCUACCUCGACGAGGACGCCCUGCAGAUCAAGAUCCUCGCCCGCGGGCUGAAANGCGCCGCCUUCACCAUCGACCAGAAGGGCACCCGCGUCAGCUACCGACCGGGCCUCCUGUCCGGCGGCGAGGUGAAGCACAACUGCAGCCUGAAGCGGGCCAUCGGCUACUACCUGGAGACCCUCCUCCCGCUGGCGCCCUUCUGCAAGACGCCCCUCGUGGCGAACCUCCACGGCGUGACAAACGAUUCGGUCGACCCCUCCGUGGACGCCCUUCGCCUCUCGGCCCUCUCCGUUCUGCGCCACACCCUCGGCGGCUACCUCGACGAGGACGCCCUGCAGAUCAAGAUCCUCGCCCGCGGGCUGAAACCGGACGGCGGCGGCCACGUCCUCUUUCGGUGUCCCACCCGGCGCGUUCUAAAACCUCUCCAACUGCUCGCCCCCGGCAAGGUGAAGCGCAUCCGGGGCGUCGCCUACGCCGUCCGUGUCUCGCCCGCCAUCGCCAACCGCCUGGUGGACGCCGCCAAGGGCCUGCUGCUCCACUACCUGCCCGACAUCUACAUCUACACGGACCACCUGAAGGGGGCGGCCAGCGGUCGUUCGCCCGGCUUCGGCCUCUCCCUCGUCGCCGAGACCACCGAGGGCGUCUUCUACGCAGCCUCAGAAGGCGGCGUCAGCGUGCCCGAAGAGGUGGCCAAGGAGGCCGCCCACGCCCUCCUCAAUGACAUUUACCGCGGCGGCGUCGUCUCCACCGCCAACCAGGGGCUGGCCGUCCUCUCGAUGGCCUUCGGCGACCGCGACCUCUCCAAGGUCCUCUUGGGGCCCCUGUCGCCGUACACCAUAGCGCUGCUGCGCCACCUGAAGCAGUUCACGGCGCUUACCUUCAAGUUGGAGCCCUUCAGAAAAGAACUUGAUGGCGCCGAGGAAGAGAUGGAUACGGACGAGGAGGAUGGGGAGAAGCUGCUGACCGGUUCGCGAAAGAUUGUCGCCGCCUGCAUCGGCAUCGGUUACUCCAACAUUAGCAAGACG